CAGAUACCAAAAAUACCAACAAAUUAGAGAGCGGUGUUAUCGAAAAUCCCAAACCAAAUAGCCGUGUGGCUACACGAUUUUGCAGAGGAAGUGAAUAAGUGAAUAAGCAAGCGAGUCCAUCUUCCAUCCAACGAACGAGCAACCAGCAUCGUCCCACUGUAUCGCCGCCAAUCCCGAAAAACCACAAACAGUUCUCAAGCAGGAUGGCUCAGGAAGGUCAAGAUAUCCCCACAUUCAAGUGCGUACUCGUCGGCGAUGGCGGUACUGGCAAGACGACGUUCGUCAAGCGCCACAUGACAGGCGAGUUUGAGAAGAAAUACGUUGCCACACUGGGCGUGGAGGUGCAUCCGCUCAUCUUCCACACCAAUCGCGGUGCUAUUCGCUUCAAUGUCUGGGAUACUGCCGGCCAGGAGAAGUUCGGUGGACUCCGCGAUGGCUACUACAUCCAGGGCCAGUGCGCCGUCAUCAUGUUCGAUGUGACGUCUCGGGUUACCUACAAAAAUGUGCCCAACUGGCAUCGUGAUCUGGUCCGGGUCUGCGAGAACAUCCCGAUAGUGCUCUGCGGCAACAAGGUGGACAUUAAGGAUCGCAAGGUCAAGGCCAAGAGCAUCGUCUUUCACCGAAAGAAGAAUCUGCAGUAUUAUGAUAUUUCUGCAAAAUCGAAUUACAAUUUCGAGAAACCAUUCCUUUGGCUGGCGCGCAAGCUGGUCGGUGAUCCCAACCUGGAAUUCGUUGCCAUGCCAGCUCUACUGCCGCCGGAGGUUAAGAUGGACAAGGAUUGGCAGCUGCAGAUCGAGAGGGACUUGCAGGAGGCCCAGGCGACCGCUCUGCCCGACGAGGAUGAGGAUCUAUAAGCAUAUUUGUAGUUUAACACCCGGCCGGCUUACAACCACACACACACUCACACACACCACAAACACUCACCCACACUUACAUAUAUAUAUAUAAAGAACGGCAAAAAAAAAAAAUAGAGGGAGGAGCAGAGGAGCAGAGCAAGGAACAUCAUGGAGAAAUGCCAUCAUCGAGGAUGUGGUGGCUGGCCUGCCUGUCCUCCCACAAGACACACAUUACCAGCGACAACCCACACCACACCCACAACUGAAAGAACAAGAAGCUCUAGCAACUAAAACAUCAUCGUCCUGGAGGAGGGAGGAAGGAUACUAAAGGAUACUAGAGGAGCAGCAGCAAUAACUAUACAGAUUGUAAUUGUAACUUUCGGCGUUCGGUUGGCUUUAAACGGUCCUGCCGCAACCGUUUGAACGCCGAGCGCGUUUUAUAUAUAUAUAUAUACUUUAGAUCCACUCAUUUAUAAGUCGGUUAUAAUUGAUUUUUUUUUUUGUUUGUUUGUUUCCCAAAUGCGUUGGUAUUUUUUGGCGGCACAUCUUCAAAUGAUGAAAUGAUGUCCUAAAUCGUAGAAAUGCGAAAAUUACACCACAACCGAACGAGUAAGAAGAAGAUAAACAAACUAAGUAAAAUAAAAAAAAAAAGGAAAAAAAAACAACAAAUUUUUAACAAAUCUGGUAUUGGAAAUAAUUUUUCAAAAAAAAAAAAAACUAAACAAAAAACUAAAAAAUAGAGCAAGCCCGGAAUAGAAAGAGAUGGAUAUUGAGCUGUAAAUGAGAGUGAGCGAGAGCGCUCCAUCCGAGUAACGAAAAGCAACAACAACAACAGCAGGCAAAAAAAAAGAACUGAGUCCCAAAGGAUAGUAAAAAAAAAAUAAAUAAAAAAAAUUUAAAAAAAAAAA